AUGCUGCGCACCAGGCCCCGCAGCCCCAGCGCCAACCCCGCGCCCUGCUGGUCACCGCAGACACCAGCACCCAGCCCUGCCAAGCGCCGCCGCCUCCACCAGGAGCCCGCGUGCCCAGAGCCCCUGGCUCAGCCAGAGCUGGAAGCGCCCGCCGAGCCCGCUAGCAGCGCGCUCACCUCCGUGGUGUUCCUGGCCGCCGGCUCUGCCCUGCAGUUGCCCCUGGAUGGCAUCGACCUGCUGUUGGAGCCUGAGCCCACCUCGGUCCUGCAAGUGUCGCUCCAAGAACACACCAUCCUCCUGGUCCCCGAAGGACUCAUGACACAACCCCAGCCAGGACAGCCUGGAUUCGUGGCCAUCAGCCCACAGGGAGCCGCUGCCCAGGACGGGCCCCAGGAUCAUCUAGUCGGUCUCCAGGAGGAAACCUUCUGUGAGUACUUCUACCAAGAAGAUGUCUGUGAUGAGGAUGCAGACUUGGAAUUGCUGGAACCCUGGGCUAGGCCUCCAGAUGAUCAGGCCAAUGGGAACUUUUCCUCCAUCCCAGGGGUGCCCAGUCCUUUGUUGCAGGAACAAGUCCCAGGGCCUUCCACUGGAGCAGAGCGAUAUUCUCCUAGGUUUAUCUGGGAACUGGACAGCUACCUGCUGGGACCCCUCCCUGGCUCACCACUGCAGCCUCUGCCUCCAUCUCCUUCCCAGAGUCCCCAAGAGCAGCUUCCGCCACGCCCUCCAUGCUCUCCCCGGGCUCCUUGCAAGGCCCGGAAGCGACUGGUCUAUGACUGAACUGCCCUGCACAAAUCCUCGAUGCCUCCCUGCAAGAGAACCCCUUCCCAAUGCCAUUGUGUGCCUUUACAGAGCCUACAAGGUUAGGAUAACAUUCUUGGUUUUGAAGUGGGCAGAAUGUAGAAUAUUGGCUCUGUGAUUGGCUUGAAGAAAGAUCCUUAACGUUUUCUAUUGGAUAUUUAAGUCCAAUUAAGUACGGGUACAUUCUUAUAUGUUAUGUAAUAAGGCACUUACUUGAAUUUUAUCAUAAAGUAUUGUCUUUUCUGUAAAAAGCUUUUUCAU